AUGGCUUCCGGUUUCGACGAGGAGGAGCUCCAUAUCAGCCUCUCCCCAUCCCAGAUCCGUCGUCGCUCUCAGCAGCACGGUGCUGCCGCCGAUGCUGCUGCUGCUGCCGCCGCCGCCGGUCGUCACGAGCUACAACCACCUUUGCCCGACGCCGCCAUAAACGCCGUCAACAUGGGACCUCCCGUCGACACCACCGCCCCGCUGCGGGAUAAGAUCAAAACGGAGCAGCGCAUCGGCGCAUACAAGAUCAUCAAGACCCUAGGCGAAGGCUCCUUUGGAAAGGUGAAGCUGGCCAUACACAACGGCACCGGACAGCAGGUCGCUCUCAAGAUCAUCGCUAGGAAGAAACUCAUUAGUCGCGACAUGGCCGGCCGAGUGGAGCGCGAAAUCGAAUACCUACAGCUUUUGCGACACCCUCACAUCAUUAAGCUGUAUACCGUUAUCAAGACACCCAACGAAAUCAUCAUGGUCCUUGAGUACGCCGGCGGUGAGCUCUUUGACUACAUUGUACAGAAUGGACGUAUGAAGGAGCCCGAGGCUCGUCGAUUCUUCCAGCAGAUGCUCUGCGCCGUUGAAUACUGUCACAGACACAAGAUCGUUCACCGAGACUUGAAACCCGAGAACCUGCUGCUUGACGAUAACCUCAACGUCAAGAUUGCCGAUUUUGGUCUCAGCAAUAUCAUGACGGACGGGAAUUUCCUCAAGACGAGUUGCGGAAGCCCAAACUACGCGGCACCAGAAGUUAUUGGUGGUAAGCUUUACGCCGGGCCAGAGGUGGAUGUCUGGAGUUGCGGUGUGAUUCUCUACGUCCUGCUAGUCGGGAGACUACCCUUCGAUGACGAGCAUAUUCCCAGUCUAUUCGCAAAGAUUGCGCGCGGAACGUACAGCAUACCUCAAUGGAUGAACUCGGGCGCCGCGACGCUCAUUAAGAAAAUGCUGGUUGUGAACCCUGUACAGCGUGCUACGAUCGACGACAUCAGACAGGACCCAUGGUUCAUGGUAGACCUGCCUGCCUACUUAGCACCGCCGGUCGAGGAGUUCUUCAACACGGGCGUGGAUCCUAACAAGGCCAUCCAGAAGAGUGAUAUCGCCCCCAACGCCCCUCCAAGGGUCCAGGAGAAGCUACAUAACGAGGUCACGGAGAAGAUCAGUAAGACCAUGGGCUAUGGAAAGAAAGAUGUUGAGGAGGCCCUGCAGGCUGCCGAACCAUCUGCGAUCAAAGAUGCAUACAUGAUUGUCCGCGAGAACAAACUCAUGCAAGUGAAUGAGGCCAUGUCGUCACUCUCAGUCGAUCAAGAUGGGUCAAACAGCCCCUUACCAAGUGCUUCGUCAGCCAGAUCCGGCGGGUCUACCGUGGGCGGGCAGCGUCCGUACAUCAGCAAGAUUGGCAUCUUGCCAAGUAGUCUGCCAGCCUAUCACAAGGAAUACGUUGAGCGUGAAAAGGGCGGGUUUGAGGACCAUCCGACGCCUACCAUCGUGGUCGAUGAACCAGGCCCCUCAGCCCGUACAGACGCUGAAAGGGAAGAGACGGCCCGGCAUUUGAAGCCUCACUCGAGAAACAGUCAAGUCCGCCUCGACGACUCGGCCAAAAGGCCUCAGGGUAUGACCCCUGUGGUGCAAGCCAAGAAGACGAAACCCGUGAGAUGGCAGUUUGGAAUCCGCUCUCGUAACGCGCCGUGGGAGGCCUUGCUGUGCAUACACAAAGCGUUGAACAAACUGGGCGCAACCUACGUGCCAGACGAAGACUACGAGAAACUCCACGGGACGGAGACAGAUCAGCCCAGUAAUGAAGGUAGCUUUGUCGACGACUACACAUCUCAGGGGGGCAAUGACUCAACGAGUAGUAUAGAUCCGCUAAAGCGAUACAAACUGCCUGCCGACCCGUGGCACAUCAAGGUUCGCUGGGAGACACAGACACUGCGAAAAAGAUCGGAGACCCCCACAGAGGGAAGCAAGACACCGGAUAGUUACCACGUUACGGGUGAUGACGAAGUCAAGCGCGACUUUGUAGCCCUGCACAUGGACAUCCAGAUAUAUGAGAUGGAGCACGGCGUUUAUCUCGUGGACUUCAAAUGCUCUGGCUAUGAGACGGCCGACAGGAGACUGCUCGAGGAGAAGGAUGUCACAAGUCCUUUCCCGUUCCUAGACAUGGCCGCGCGGUUGAUAAUGCAACUAGCCGAAGCGGACUGA